ACAAAUUGUCCCGGUAUAUAAUUUGAAAAGUUCGUUUGGGUGAAUAUUAUCAGACUAUGAAAUUAAAUAUUUGUACCGUCAUUUAUUUGCUCAAUGCAUACGUACCUGGUUGCUGGGUACACAAUGUAGGCGUCACAUUUCUCCCACUCACGCCCUUUUCAAUGUAAAAAAAAAGGUGUUUACUUUAAAGGGGCACGUUCCCGACAGUGUAGUUAUCGGAACAUGCCAUCUGCGUAAGAGCCGUAUCAAUAGGCAGCUAUAGCGCCGUCCGCCAGCGCGUACGUAUUGUGAGCGCCCUCUGGAAUACGGGGAACAUGCCCCUUUAAUAGGCAGCGCAAUGAGCAUUCUGCACGUGAGAGCAACCGAGUAAAGUCAGCUAGCAGUAGGCCUAGAUGUCAAACAGCAGCCACGUGUGAAACUCAGUCUAGGAUCUAAAUCAAAAUGGCGAUUUCAAUCUCUUUCCGGCUCCUGGUCAUUUACGUACUCGGUGUCGGUUUAGUCUCGACGAUACCGUGCGCAAGUGGUGCCAAUUUCCUGACAGGGUUGUUCAAUCCUUUAGGCCAAGCCUCGCACAUCCAUUUCGUUGGACGAAUCACUGCUGGUCUAAUUAAACGAGGCCACACUGUAACUCUCCUGGUAGCUGAUACCUAUGACCUACAUAGUCUUGACAAGGAUAAUGCCGUCACAAGGAUUCUCACUUUCAAGACAACCACGUCCUCGUCAGACUCUGGUCUAAAAGUCUUUUCCGAGUCGAUGUCCGCAACUCAACAAAACGACGCCAGUUCGAUCGGGACGCUACAAAUAUUUCUGGCCCUGAGAGAUGUCUCCUCGCAGAACUGUGCGGACAUGUUCAACGACCAGGUCGUCAUGAAUGAAAUCCGGAAGAAUAAUUUCGAUCUCCUUCUUCUCGAAAUGUUCGUACCGUGCGAUGCGUUGCUUGCCGAGUAUCUUAAGGUACCAUUCAUCGCUAUGACGUCAACUCUCCGAUUCCCAGCUUUCGACGAGGACUUCUUUAACAUGGAGAUUCCUUCAUCGUAUGUGCCAUUCGAGAGCAUGGGCGCCCUCACCGAUGAAAUGAACUUUGCUCAACGCGUGCAGAACUUCCUAGACCGGCAUGUGAUCGCAAAGGUAGUGCAGUACUUGAACAUGAGACCUUAUCGGAAGAUACAGCUUGAAUACAAGAUCGAUACGACAUCUUCCAUCAGGGAACUGACCGGACGAGCUCAACUCUGGUUGUGCCACAUGGAUUUCGCCCUUGAUUUCCCCCGUCCAACCGCUCCGAACUGGAAGAUGAUCGCCGGUCUCACAGUGGAUGCGGGGACCAAACCACUUUCUCAGGAUUUGGAAGCCUUUGUUGAAGGAUCAGGUGAUCAUGGUGUCAUCGUGUUCAGCCUGGGUUCAACCGAUGUGAGCCUAUUGACUGAACAAAUGAACGAAGAUUUCGCACAGGCGUUGAGUGAACUGCCUCAAAGGGUACUAUGGAAAUAUGACGGCCUUCCUCCUCGUAACCUUGGUAACAACACCCGACUAAUGUCAUGGUUACCACAGCGUGACCUCCUCGCUCACCCCAAAACAAAACUCCUCAUAUACCACGGAGGACUCGCCGGCGUCUAUGAGGCUAUGCACUUACAGAAACCCAUGGUGAUCCUCCCUGUCUUUGCUGAUCAGCCCGCCAUAGCAGCCCGGGUGGCGAAGAAGGGGAUGGGGGUUGUCUUGUCGAGGGCCACUCUCUCCGCUGAGAUCAUCAAUCAGCGAUCAUGCAAGUCCUUACCGAUCCAAGUUAUAAAGCCAACGUUGAGAAAUUCGGAUCCAUCAGUAAGGAUACAAUCGUCAGCCCAUUGGAGACCGCCAUGUUUUGGAUAGAACAUAUCGUCAAGUUUGGCGGUUCGCAUCUCAAGUCUAGAGCUGGGGAGUUGAAUAUCAUCACUCUAAACUCACUUGAUGUCAUCGGUUUUCUCAGUGGCAUCGUCCUGUGGGGACUAUACCUAGAUUUUCUUAUCCUUCGUUCAUGUUACCGCUGUUGUAUUACCAGAAAUAAAGCUAGAAAAUCAAAAUCAGACUGACAGUCUGAAAUUGUGGCAAAUCCGUAUAAGUUAUCUCGAAUAUAAAACCAUACAAAUGUGAAAACAACAUUGUAUAAUAGCACCCUAGUUAAUCACUCCCACAAUUAUUUUAUGGGAUAAUUCUUUUUUUUCUACUUUCCUCAAAUAAAGACCUUUCUUUCUGUUAUGGCGUAAAUGAUGUAUAAUCUCCUUUUCUAUAUAAACUUAAAGUCAAUGUAAUAUAACCAAGCAUGCUCCCAUACUAAAUUGCUUUAUGGAAUCGUCUGGGUAUUUUUUACACUGUUAAUGAAUUGUACAAAUUAUAUCCUGUAAAUAUUGUCUGAAUACCUUGUGAAAUAAAAGUGACUGAUAAGAUCGAUGUUAAUUUGAAGUGAUAUGAAUACCGCCCUUGUACUAAAAUAGACUACUUUUCCGGAUUUCAAUAAAUAAGGGAGUUUACAGAUACAAUCUGCGCAUGGACAGAUAAAGGUCAUUUGUACCAAAAUGG